AUGGAUCUUCUUCAUCGCAUAGAAGAUGCCACAAUUGUGGAUUUCACUGAUCCAAGAACAUCUGAAAAAUUAGAGCAUGUAAAUGUAAAAAUUAACAACAACGUAUUGAAAGAAACCAAUAUAGAAAAUGAAGAGUUAAUUGAUCAGCAAACAUUAUCUCUUAAAGAAAACCCAUUUUUAGAUUCAAUAAAUGAUGCUGAAUCAUCUCUUAAAAUUCCUGAUAAUCCUGUUCCCACAAAUUUUGUCUCAAUUCAAUAUGUUAAUUCAACCGAAAUUCCAAUUUAG